AUGCACUUAAUCCAGCAGUUCAAAUUGGCGGCAGCUCUUGUGGCCCUCCAAACCACAGUCGCAGCAGCAUCAUGCAACCCCUUAGAAAGCACCGGCUGCUCCGCUGACAAGGCCCUCGGCACGUCUAUUAAAGUCGACUUCAGCCAGGGCAGCGUCAACUCCUUCACCGCCAACGGCUCGCCGACUUACGGCUCCGACGGGGUGACCUUUACCAUCACCAAAUCUGGCGACGCCCCUCAGCUCAACAGCGUCUUCUACAUCAUGUUUGGCCACGUCCAAUUUGUCAUGAAGUCGGCGCCUGGUGCUGGCAUCGUCAGUUCGCUGGUGCUGCAGUCCGACGACCUCGAUGAGAUCGACAUGGAGUGGCUUGGCACCGACACGACUGAGGUGCAGACAAACUACUUUGGCAAGGGCGAGACCAUCACCUACAACCGCGGCCAGUUUGACGCUGCCGCCAACAACCAGGGCGAGUUCAUCACCUACGACAUCGACUGGACGGCCGACCGCAUCGAGUGGUCUGUCUCCGGCACAGUUGUGCGUACGCUGCUGCAUGCCGACGCCGACACGGGCCAGUAUCCGCAGACCCCGAUGCAGGUGAAGUUUGGCGCCUGGGCUGGUGGCGAUACAGCGACCAACUCCGAGGGCACUGUCUCUUGGGCUCGCGGUCCCACCGACUUUUCUGAUGGGCCCUUCUCCAUGAUCGUCCGGAGCAUCGCCAUCACGGACUACUCGACCGGCACCGAAUACCAGUACAGCAACCAGAGCGGCGAUUGGCAGUCCAUCGUCGCCGUUGGCGGCGAGGUCGGCGUUAACUCGGGCAGUGCAAACACGGCCACGGCUACUGCUGCCGUCGGUUCCUCUACGCUGUCACCCACCAUUCCUGUUGGUGGUAUUGGUGCUUUUACGGCUACUGCCUCUGCUGAGACCAUUCCAAGCGGCUGGGUCAUGACGCCCAGCGGCAAAAUCGUACCGGCCGCUUCCAACUUGAUCCGACCACCACACCUUGCAAUCCUCGCCGUGCAGAUCUGCGCGAGUCUUCUGCUCGGCGCAGCCUUCAUCUGGUGA